UCUUGAAUAGGCUACAUACAGUGUAGGGUUCUCACUUUAAAUACAGCCCACGCUUGAUUCUAAAUGAGCCAAUCUAUGAAUGAAAAGAUUAACCACUUGGAAAGCGAACCGCGGGUUCAUAUUCCGGUGUCUAUGGAAACACAGUUUGGUGUCAUGAUGAUGCCGAAUGACGCAUGAUCCAUACCUGUGGUAUAUAUGGUGCAAAAGCCCUAUCACCUCAAUAUACAUAUAUACAUACAUCUGUCUAAUAACCAUACACAUCUAAUACAUACACAACCAAAUAGAAAUCAACCAAAAUGGCCACCCCAGGAUCCCAAUACGUCCUCCAAGCCGGCCUCGCCUCGGGCAUGUCAGCAACAGAAGGCAUCCACUCGCCUCACCCCAAACCCGUCGACCCCAAAACCAGCGAGGAGCACUACAUUCUCCCCGACAGCGUGAUGCCCGACACCCAGGCGCGCGUGACACUACGCGGGAAGCACCAAGACGUCCAAGUGCCCUACCUCUGCGUGGGCGCGUGGUCGUGGGGCGACAAAGCCAACUGGGGGUAUAACGCAGAGACAGACCUACCGCGGAUUAAAGAAGCGUGGGAGAAGCUACGCGAGGCGGGGAUGACGUUCGUCGACACGGCGCAGGUAUACGGGGACGGGGAGAGCGAGCGAAUUUGCGGGCGUCUGUUUGAGGGAAUGAAGCGGGAGACGUUUGCGGUGCAGACGAAGUGGUUGAGUUGGCCGGACAUGACGAAUUUGGUGAUGCAGAGUCAUGGGCCGAUGGUGAGGUUGAAGUCGUCGUUGAAGAAUUUGGGGCUUGAUUACGUCGAUGUGUAUCUUGUUAGUGGGCCGAUUCAUCCGAGUCUGAUAUCGACUGUUGCGAAGGGGAUGGCGGAUUGUGUGCAUGCGGGGAUGGCGAAGACGGUGGGCGUCGCGAACUACGAUAAAGAGGAGAUGAUCAAGAUGGCGGAUGAGCUCGCCGGACACGGUGUUCCGCUGGCUGUGAAUCAGUGCGAGUAUUCUAUCAUUCGAAGGUCGCCCGAGGUGACGGGGUUGAUUCGAACGUGUCGGAAUCGCAAUAUCGUGUUUCAGGGCUUUGCGUCGCUGGGAGAAGGCAGACUGACGGGUAAAUAUACACGGUUCAACCAGCCCCCGCGCACAUAUCGCUACAGCAGCUAUCCAAUGCACAUGCUCGAGCCAACACUAGACGUGGUGAAAAAGAUCGCCGACGAAAGAGGAGUCCCCAUGGCCGCUGUGGCGUUGAAUUUCUGCAUUAAUAAGGGCGUAGUCCCGUUGGCUGGAAUCCGCGACGGAAAGCAGGCUGAGCAGAAUAUGCAGGCGCUGGGAUGGCGGCUAAGCAAGGAUGAGAUGCUGCGACUAGAGACUGUCAGUAUCGAAGGGGCGACGACAAUUUUCUGGCAGCAUGGAUAGAAUGAAGAUAGAUGAUUAAUUGUAUUACGUUGAAUAAAGAGGUUUUUGAUCGCAAAGUGGUCGAACUCCACCGUGUGGACCUGCGGGACCAGCCGUUCCCCAUAAAACGACAAGAAGCAAAGCCAAAAAGAACCCCAGAUAUCAAAGAGAUAGAACUGUUUAAAGAUGGGAUAAAAAAACACGCGGAAAAAACGAUAAAAGAUGGUUGAGCAAAAAAGAAAAAAGAAACGUGCACUAACCGUGAUUCGAACACGGGCCUCGAUCUGGUCUCAUCAAGUGAUGGGAGGAUCGAAUCGUAACCACUAGACCAUUAGUG